AUGGGCGAUACCCCUUCGCAAUUUGCCAAAGCCUUUCCGCCUGUGGACUUGGGAUAUGCUAUCCAUAAACCCACGUACAUCAAUAUUACUGCUUCAGGUCUCUCGGUUGCAAAAUAUAACAACAUUCGCUUUGCUCAACCCCCCGUAGGAGACCUUCGUUUCCGCAAACCGAAGACACCUCCGCCACAAACACACGGCGUUCAAGAUGGCAGCCAAUACCCUUCUACGGACUGUGUUAGCAGUGCUUAUGCAGGGGUCCCAUUUCCCGGACUUAAUGGUACUACUUGGGGCCAGGAGGACUGCUUGUUCGUAAAUGUACAAGUUCCAGAUGGUAUCAAAGAGGGUGAUCAGGUACCAGUACUCCACUGGAUACACGGGAGUGGAUAUGCCUUUGGAAGUAAAGAUACAGUAGGGAUUACUGUUGAUCCAGAGGGAUUGUUCGACAACUUGCGCAAGAGCGAUGAAAAGUUCAUCUUUGUUACGAGCAACUACCGCCUCGGCCUUUAUGGGUGGAUGUCAAGCCCCGAAGAAGAUAUGGCUGCAAAUAUUGGGUUACACGAUAGCAUUACCGCAGUGCAAUGGACCAGAGACCACAUAUCUAAAUUUGGUGGUAGCCCAGAGAGGAUCACUGUAAUUGGGCAAAGUGCUGGAGCGGGCAUAAUAAACUUGAUGUUGACCUCCUAUGGCGGAUCGGGCAAGCUCCCGUUUUCCCAAGUGAGAUUUGACAUUCCUGAUAACUACUCACUUUCGACAGACUCUGACGUGAUGGAAAAUUAUGUAUACAACGAAGUCCUGAAGGCUGCCGGCUGUCCCGACCUAGCAUGCCUGAGGACUGCUUCCUCAGACGUUCUCAAAGCAGCGAACCACCAUCUGAUAGUUGAAGUACCCACAGGAACUGGAGGUGCCUCAUUUGGCCCCGGCAUCGGGUUUUCGCCCGCUGUGGAUGGAAAUAUUGUCCCAGAAGAGCCCAUGAUACUUCUUGAGCAGGGCAGAUUCCAUAAAGAGGUACAGCGGGUUCUCGCGGCAAAUACCGCCUUUGAAGGAAAUGGCCUCAGUACGGACAGUAAUAUGCCUGAAGCGUUUCCCGGCUAUGUUCGAAUCAACUUCCCUACCGCAAGUAACGAGACGAUUCAACGCAUCCAGAAUCUUUUUCCAUUCCCCCCUGACAAACCAGAAAGGCUGGCCUGGGACUGGCUGACAUCAAUUGUAUACGCAUGCCAUUCAACCACCAUCACAAAGGCGUAUGGAUCUAAAGCAUAUCGAUACGUGAUGCGUAUUCCACCUGCAACUCACGCGUUGGAUUUAACUUACUUCUUCUUCGUUGAUAAUCAAACGACACCUGUGGUAAGCUAUGACGUUGCGCGACAGUCUCAGGAGUAUCUUUACCAAUUUCUUCUGGGUAAAGGCGACAAGGGUGACGCCUCACUUCUCCCGUCUCCUAAAUACCCUGCUUGGCCGCCAUAUGGAACGAACUUCCAUACCAUGGAUAUUGUUGAGCACGGAUUCGAGCUUAAAACUGAUCCUUGGGAGACGAAUGGGAUUUGUCGGACUUUAAUCGAUAUUGUCAAGGAUCCCGAAAACGGCAACUAG